UAGAUAGAAUCGAUGGACCUGUACUCGGUGCAAUGCGCAGAAGGAGUUUAGCCAUUGCUCAACCUAUCAAGUGACCACCUGCGCCACGCUUUACCUCGCUGUCUCAUAUCGAUAUCCUCCGCAAUGAGGCCCUAGGCUGAACAACCACCAGCCACGUUUGCUUCCAGGAUCGCCAUCACGCUUCGAUCUAAAACGACAAUAUACGUCGCUUCCCAUCGGUGUGUUCUGCAGCGUGAACCCCGAGGAGACCUAUCACUGAUAGUUGAGUCUUCUGUAUCACGUGACACUAAGCGCCUUAUCCACGGCUGCAGCACCACGAAUUACCCACCUCAUCCAAUCCUCUCCACGUAACUUAGAGUGCUCUAAAGGAACUACCGAUCACUAGCAACGCGUCAAUGGCGUCCUACCGAUAUGAACCGCUCCGGAGUGCGUUACAGGAGAUUCGACUUGUUCAUCUUCUACCCGGCAAGUUUGAGGACGACAUUAAAGUCCGAAUCGUCCAUUCGCCAUUUCUCCUCCCUGCUACACCUCCACCAAAGGCAAAGACCUUCCAGGCUGACUCUGUCCGGACCUUGCUCUCUUGGCCUUGGGAAGUAGAAGAAACUGAAAGCGGCGACUUCGUGAUAUUCAAUGUUGUCACUGGUGAGGCGCAUCCUCUUUUAACCGCUCAACCGUCUCUUGAAGAGAAUUCAGAAUAUCAAGCGCGAUACGAGGCCUUGUCAUACACCUGGGGAGAUGCUGCUGUCUCGGAGUUCUGUCAGGUUGAGGGCAACCAAGGCAGUGGUGAGCCUUCCGCAACAUUGGGGUUGCGUCCCAACCUAGCCUCCGCCCUCCGCUACUUGCGCUACUCAGAUGAGACGCGGGUCUUAUGGAUCGACGCCAUAUGCAUUAACCAGGAAGAUAUCGAAGAGCGGAAUGAACAGGUGAAGAGGAUGACGAACAUCUACACACUAGCCCAGCGGGUGAUAGCUUGGCUUGGUGAAGAGUCCAACAAUAGCAAACACGCACUCGCAACACUACAGCAUAUCGGGCGGCAACUCGAAGCAACCAAGAGCGGCCGGGUCAUUGCCGCACCCGACGCCACGGAGCCCCGCCUGUGGAGGAAUGACCACGCGCCGUCCUUCGAUCAGCAGACCUGGCAAGGGUUAAUCGAUUUCGUGGAACGCGCGUGGUUUUACAGGCUCUGGUGCUGGCAAGAGAUCAAGCUAGGUAACUGGGACGCGUUACUUCAAUGCGGCCGCGACAUGAUACCAUGGAAUAAGUUUUGGCUGGCGGUACUCUGUCUGCACAAUAAAGACAGGCUACCUUCGAUGCGGUUUCGUGAGCGGUGCCGGCAUAUCGUCUUCCUUAAAUACGACGAUGCGGGCCACUCAAUGAGCAAUAUCCUGGACGUCAGUCGAAGCAAGGGCUGUGCUAAUCCAAGAGACAAAAUCUACGGACUCCUGGGCAUCACACCAGCAUACUUCAGCUCCGGUAUCGUGGUUGACUACUUACGACCCGUCGAAGACGUGUACAAGGAGGCUUUUCUGACGCAUUUGAAUACAACAAAACGGUUGGAUCUACUAAAACAUUGUGCUCUAGCCGACCGCCAAAUUGGGGGACCUUCAUGGGUGCCGGACUGGUCUAAGACAGAUUUUGCAGCUCCCAUUCUGAGCGAGCAGCUUUCUUCUGGAAUCUCGCGGGCAUGGUUUACAUACGCGGAACCAGACGUACUCGAGGUUGUCGGAAAACAGUAUACCACGAUUAAGGCUGUCAGUGGGAUGGCUUCCAAGGUUGAGGAGGAGACGCUGCUGGCGGUCGGAGAUUGGUUUCAGCAUUUGCCAAACAAAGGCGAUUACAUCACAGGUGAGACUAUGGAAACCGCCUUUGCCCUGACACUUUGCAUGAACCGGACGAGAGAACGACACCCGUACAGCCAUUUCUUGAGCAUUCCGGAGUGGGUCGGUAUGCUCCGCAAGAUCCUGUGCCUGAAUGCCACCACUCAGGAUGACACGUUAUAUUCUGCAAGAGAGACCGCAAACACAAUCCAGAAGAUUCGCGGUCGCCGCUUCUUUACUACGGAGACUGGGCACAUUGGUACAGCUCCAGCUGGUGCGCAAAUUGGUAAACUAUGAGUCCCGCCAGCGGUCAACUAGGGUACUUUGACUGACUGUUACAAGGAGACUCAAUUUGCCUUAUUUUAGGGACUUAUGCCCCCAUUGUCUUGCGUCGGACUUCAUCUGGCCAAUUCCAUGUCGUGGGAGAAUGUUACGUGCAUGGCCUCAGUGACGCUGUUGGAAUCCUUGGGCCACUGCCAGACCAAUGGAAGACGAUCAUCAAAGGAGAUGCGUUGGGAAGACCAACACAAUGUUUUGUGGACCUCAAGGACUACGAAGAGACUUUGAAUGACCC